AUGGCACCAACUCGCCCUCUCGAUGUCAUCAUUGUUGGCGCCGGUUUCGGUGGCCUCACUGCCGCUAUUGAGUGCAAGCUACGCGGCAUGAAUGUGACCCUUGUUGAGACAUAUCCGACAAGUCUAAACUAUGGCGACAUCAUCGACUUCUUCCCCAACGGUGGCCGCAUCAUCGAGAAUUGGGAGAACGGCCAAGUCGGACUCUUCGCUGGCGACGUGGUCGUGGCUGCUGAUGGACCUCGGUCUAUUGCCCGACAGCAAGUUCUUGGCCUCCCGGAUACCAAGGUGAACAGCGGCUAUGCCAUCUUUCGCGCCUACUUCGCCCUCACCGAGGAGCACGCCAAAAAUCCUUUACUGAAGGAAUUCUGCGACCAAACUGUUGAUAAAACUUUGCUAUGGAUAACAAAGGAUCUCCACAUGAUUAUUUACACAUGGAACAAGGGCAAGGAUCUCGGAUGGGUUCUGACUCACAAGGGUACGGAGAAUAUUGGUGAAUCAUGGUCUUUUCCAGGUCGCAAGCAAGAUGUGUUGGACUGUUUGGCGCAGGGCGAGUUUGAGAAGCGUCUUGUUGAAGUUGUAAACGCCACUCCUGAGAAGAACAUUGUCGAUUACAAGCUCGUGUGGCGUGACCCUCUGGAGACCUGGCUCAGCCCCUCAGCUCAUACUGUGUUGAUUGGGGACGCCGCUCACUGUCACCUUCUAACUUCUGCUCACGGCGGAUCCCAAGCCAUGGAGGAUGGUGUUGCCUUGGCCGUUGCCUUGGAUCGCAGCCAGGGCGACGUCGCUCUGGGGCUGCGGGUAUUUGAAAGAAUCAGAUUCAACCGCUCCCAUGUCACUCACAUGGCAUCCAUUGCGGUGCGAGAUGGGUAUCAUAACGUCGACUGGGAUGGUGAUUUCAUCCGGGAGAACCCGCAUAUUCUGGCACUUCCUCGGCCUGAGUGGGUUAUCGAGUAUGAUAUUGAGAAGGAGUCAGAGAAGUACUUUGAGAGGUUGGCAGCCGAUGUGAGAAAUGGGAGGCAAGGAACAUUUCAGCAGCUGGCACUUCCCGCUAGAGGCGAUUAUGAACCGAAGACAUUGAAAAGAAAGGGCCCUCAAUCGAAGUUUUGA